GCCUGGCAGCGCCGCGGCUCAGGCCGUGCGGAGCGGUAGCGGUUGUUGCGCUCCCUCCGGCGGGGGCUCCGAGCGGCCCCGCCGGGCCCCUUUACCCUCCCCUUCCUCCUCCGGACCCCGCUGGGCCCUAGUGCCGGCCAGGUUUUCCAUCAGCACAAACCCAGGACCCAGAGCCAUGGCCUCCAUCCCAUCGAGCGGCUCGCUUAUGGCCACACACAACUAUCACCGAAGGCGUCUGAGCUCCACAUCCAGCAACAGCUCUUGCAGUAGCUCUGAGUAUGCUGGGGAGGUCAUCCCCCACCACCCGGGUCUGCCCAAAUCUGACCCUGGACAGUGGUGGGCCAGCUUCUUCUUCGGGAAGACAAAUCACCCUGCCAUGACAACUGUGUCAGAGUCCCCAGAGAGCUUGGGAGCACUGCCAGUGUCCGUGGGGCCCCUGGCAUGUGGGCUGGUGCCGGCAGCAGGAGCAGGACGCAGGCGGCAUGCCAGCGAGCCGGGCAUCGGGCCCUCAUCCUGAGCUGCAUGGCCCUUCCCUUCCCCACAGAGCUGCUUGCAGAUGUAUGUGCUGCUUUGGGGUAAGACAAGGCAGCAAUCCCCCAGCAAUUCGUACACCAGCCUUUUACUAUUUCUUGAUGCAACUAUGCUUUUUCUGUGCAGAUUCGGUAACGCACGUUUAUUGACUUUGUACUUGUACAAUGGCUACUAAUAAACUCAAGCAGCCUUUUAGAA